GCCAGGACCCCAGAGCUGCACAGAUGAGAAAAGGAUGCAGGAAAUUCUGUUGUUUACACAUGUGCCUGUAACACUGAGCCGCUGGAGCAGCCCAGCAAGCCCAGAGGGCCUGAGAAGAUAAAUAUGAAUUUAGAUUCCAUUCAUCGGUUAAUUGAGGAGACACAGAUCUUCCAGAUGCAGCCAACAUCAGUUAAGCCAGUUUGUGACCUGGUAGCGCCUGCCUCAUCCCCCAGGGACACCUGUAGCUCCUGUUUCCCACUCUAUGGGCUGCAAUCUCAUCCCGCUCACAAAUUCUGUGCUCGCUGGUGCAGCACCAGCGACUGGGAUCUCUGUGAAGAACUCCGUCUGCGGGAACUGGAGGAGGUCAAGGCCAGAGCGGCUCAGAUGGAGAAGACCAUGCGGUGGUGGUCAGACUGCACUGCCAACUGGAGAGAAAAGUGGAGUAAAGUUCGAGCUGAAAGGAACAGCGCCAGAGAGGAAGGAAGACAACUCAGAAUGAAAUUAGAGUUGGCCAUGAAGGAACUGAGUGCCCUGAAAAAGCAGCAAAGUCCAUCACAUCAAAAGGAGGAGUUGGAAGCAAGGGUUUCCCAGGAUCCGAAGCUUGCUAGUUUCAUAGACGUGGCGUAUGCACAGAGAGACCCAUUUCAAAUUGGUCCCAAAAUGUGUGAGUCCAUCAGAGAGUGUUUGGGAAAGAGAGAAUUUCCUACAAAGGAGAACACAAAUAGUAAGGAAGAAGUUUCAGUUAUUGACCCACUAAGAUUAAAUGAGAUGAAACUCAAUCUAGAUUGUCCUGAUUUAUUCAAGAAUGGUGGUUCUGAAAAUUGUGCAAUGAGACCUGGAUUAAGACUGCAAGCAAUAAAUCUGCCUCUGGAGAAUAGAGUGUCUGAAAUUUCGGCUUUGCAGGUGCACCUGGAUGAGUUCCAACAAAUCUUAUGGAAAGAAAGAGAGAUGCGCUUAUCUUUGGAAAAAGAAAUCGAGCGCCUGGAGUCGGCUUUGUCUGUGUGGAAAUGGAGGUAUGAAGAACUGAAAGAAUUAAAGACAACAGAUGUGAAGGAGUUUAACGUUCUUCAUGGUCAACAUAAAGAUGAAAUGGAAGAAAUACCAGGAGAUAUAAAGGAAGGACCUAAAUCUCAAAACACCAAGGACAGGGUGAUCUAUGAGUUAAGAGCAGAGCUGGGGAGAUUGCAGGCUGCAAAUACAUCAGAGUCAGACAAGAGGGAAACACUCGAAGCAGAAAGACGAGGACUGGAGAGAGAAAACAGAAGGCUAAAGGUCCAGGUGAAAGAAAUGGAAGAGCUCCUGGACAGAAAAAAUAGAUUAAGCGCAAACUCUCAAGGUCCUGAUUUCAAGACAUCACAAAUUGAACUGCAGGAGAAAAACAAGGAACUGUUGGACCUUCAACACGCCUACCAUGAGCUAAGCAGACAGCACCAGGCAAAAACAGCAGACCUGGCCCAUGCACACCACCUCAUGGGGCAAAGUGAGGCCGAAGUCAGGAAACUGAGACUUCGCGUGGAAGAACUGAAACAGGGGCUCCACCAAACAGAAGACAAGUGAUUUCUAAGGACAAGAGAAAUGGCCUUGAAUUCAAGGUACCCAGAAGUGGAAUUACUGGAUUAUCAAGGAAAUGCAAAUCAAAACCACGAUGAGAUGUCACCUCACACCUGUCAGAAUGGCUAUUGUCAAAAAGCCAAGAAAUAACAAGUGUUGGUGAGGAUGUGGAGAAAAGGGUGUUGAUGGGAAUGUAAAUUGGUGCAACCACUACAGGAAACAGUAUGAAGCUUCCUCAAAAACUCAAAAAUAGAACUGUCAUUUUUUUGCUUUUUUAAAUACAAACUUUUACAUACAUACACCCAGCCCUACAUUCCUUAUUCUAGGAUCGUGUCAAAGUUUUUCCUCUUUACAACAAAUUUAUCCUAUUUUACUCUAUUUUCCCUAGCUUAUCUGGAAUCUGAAUUUGGCCAUGAAGCCUAUUUCCUCACUUCAUAGAUUUUCUAACUUUCCUUUUGUACUGGCUUCUUCAAUGCUGCCUAGCAAACAUACCUAAGUCUUAGGAUUAUAGAACUCAAACUUUGAUAGACUGAUACUGUUUCUUCUACAAUUUCACUUUUUUCCUUUAACUGCCUUUCCCGCAAAUCUCUUGGGCUGAAUAUCCUCUAGUUACUAAUUACUGUGUCCAGUUCCUCAAUUACCAUUUAUAUUAAUUUAAUAAAUGCUCCAAGAAUGCAUCCUAUGUGCUGAGCACUAUUUUAAGCAAUGUUAUAUUUUAAUAAGACGUUGUAUUUUAAGUAUAUGUAUUAUAUGUGUGUGUAACUCAGUUCAUCUGUUCUUAAAUACCAUACAAAAAAAUUUUUUAUUUCUGAUUAUAAAAACAUUUACUCAUUCCAGAAAGAUAUAGAAAAUGGAAAAAAAAAAGGAAAAAAAAGUAAAUAAACACAAAAGUUUUUUUCCACCAUCUCAAAAGUCAGAAAUACUCACUGAUAACAUUUUGCUCAAUGUUGCAUAGUUUUGCAGUUGUCUGUGUGUAUGCCUAAGUUCAUUUUGUGUACUUACAACGUGUGUGUAUAUUUAGAUGAUCAUAAUAGCUAAGAAUUGUGUAUUUACUCUGUUAUAUAUUGUUCUAAGUAGAAAUUCACUUAUCUAAUCCCAACAUCAUCCGUAUAUUUAUUUUCCCCAUUUCACAAAGGAGGAAAUUGAGGAACAGCAAGGUUAAGUAAUUUGCUCAUUAAGGGGCAAAACUGGGAUUCACAUUCAGGCAGCCUGACUCCGGGGUCCAUACUGGUGCAUGUGACGUCUGCUCACAUCCUCUCUGACCAUUCAUACUGUCUGUCUCAUGGUCUUAUACAUAUGCUAAGUAUAUAGCUACAUGCUAAUCAUAUAAUUAUGUAUACCGUAUAACCACAAUUAUGUCUAUGCAGAUUUAACCCUCCUUUUCCUCCAAAAUUUUAUUUUAAAUAUUUUGCUAUUUGAAAACAUUAUUAAAAUAGCAUUUUGAUGAAUGCAUAAUAAGGUAUAAAUAUACUACUAUUUGAAGUUCAUCUAUUGUUAAACAAUUUUUCUC